AUGUGGGCCUUGGGCUGUGGACUGGGGGCAUAUAAGGGGGGCCCAUGGCAGCAGCCCCCUCAUAUCACUCAGAGGUCUCCUCUCUCACCCCACUGCUCUCCCAAAGCAGAGAGUUAUUUCCUUCCUUUCUUCAACCACAACAACAGCCCAGCCAUGGAUGUCUUCUCCCCAUCCCAGGUCUUCUAUGACAGCGCCUGUGCCUCCUCGCCAGAGGACCUGGACUUCGGCCCCGGGGAACUGGACGGCUCAGAGGAGGACGAGCACGUCCGGGUCCCUGGGACUCCUCACCAGGCGGGUCACUGCCUUCAGUGGGCCUGCAAGGCCUGCAAGCGUAAGUCCAGCACAGUGGACCGGCGGCGGGCUGCCACCAUGAGGGAACGACGCCGGCUGAAAAAGGUGAACCACGGCUUCGAGGCUCUGAGGCGCUGCACCUCAGCCAACCCCAGCCAGAGGCUGCCUAAGGUGGAGAUCCUGCGCAACGCCAUCCAGUACAUCGAGAGCCUCCAGGAGCUGCUCCAUGAGCAUGUGGAGAACUACUACGGCCUUCCUGGGGAGAGCAGCUCAGAGCCUGGGAGCCCCUCGUCCAGCUGCUCCGACAGCAUGGUUGACUGUAACAGUCCUGUUGUGUGGCCUCAGAUGAACACAAGCUUUGGCAACAACUACAGUUACAUUAAGAAUGUGAUCUCUGGAGAGAGAGGUGCUGGUGCCUCCAGCCUGGCCUGCCUGUCUAGCAUAGUAGAUCGCCUCUCCUCGGUAGAUGCCAGUACCCCAGCAGGGCUCAGAGAUAUGCUUACCUUCUCGCCCUCCAGCACCGACUCCCAGCCUUGCACUCCAGAAAGCCCCGGGACCAGACCUGUGUACCACGUGUUGUGAAGAUGACCUGCAUUAGAAUAUAAGUCAUCUGAUGGCCCUGAUCUUUAACCGCAUACCACUUUGACUUCCUAUUUCGGUGAUGGCUAAGAUCGAUCAACACCUGCCAACCUUUGUAUUGUAAAUAAGAUUGUAAAUAUGUACUGUAAAUGUUCAUUUAUUUGAAACAAUAUAAAUACCAACUGUGACCUAUUUAAUUGAUCCUUUUCAUGUGUCUGUCCUGAUAUAGUCCUAUGCAUCAUUGAAACAAGUUGUAUUUAAGCUAUUGCAUUUGUUAGCUUCACGUUUCUCAUGAUCAAUAAACGUUUCAACAAUUCUAGAGUUC